GUCUUUUCUGGGUUCCUUUCAUUUUACACGAGCCUCGAUGUCUAGCUCCUGGGCGCAACAGAGUUGGUUGCUGGCUGUCAUGCUCCUGACCAGUUCUAUAGCUAGUGGCGCAAGCAUAGGAAGACGAUCUAACGAGCAAUUCCGACCAUGGAGUCUAGCUGAUCAGAGCCUAUGUGCCAUGGGUGGCCAGCGCGUUGCCCUCGUCGGAGACCAAUUAUUCUUCAUGAGCGGCGAAUACAACUUCAUCGGAGAAAAGACAGAAGCAACCAAACCGAAACUCUUCACCCUCAGACUGAACCAGACUUUCUCUGUCAGUGGCUAUAUACCAGGGGACCAACUUUACUCGAGCGCCGUACCGUCCAAUGUCUCUUGGAAUACUACAGAUGGUGUUUUCUUCUACGACAACACAACCUUGUACAUGUACGCAGGUCUCUCAAAGUCCGAUGACAGUGCUACGAACCACCUUUGGGCAUACCAUGUGUUGAACAGUCUCUGGGAAAAAGUCACCGUGGCCGGGGGAAAUUUCCAGCAUGGCAGUCGAGGUGGUUCGAUACACACCAGCAUUCCCGGCACUGGUAUGUCUUUUCUCUCUGGAGGCAUGGAUGGUGAUACUUCUGGAAUCCUUCGUUUUAGUUCCAGCGAUCACACCAGUCUUUCAUGGGAAAAUGAUACGUCGUUCAUUUAUGACGAUCCCGAAUCGCCCGGGCCACUGAGAGGCGAGGGACAGCUAAUUUUUGUUCCUGUCGGAGAGCAGGGCGUCCUAAUCAGCAUUGGUGGAUACAACACAGCCGAACAUGGAUCUGAAUACGACAAUUAUCCAUGGAGUGAUGCUCCAAUGACAUCUGUCGACGUCUACGACAUCGCCUCCUCUGAGUGGUACAAUGUGACGACCAGUGGAGAUUCGCCUUCCGAUAGAGGUGUAAGCGGACGAAGUCUAUUCAGCUCUUGGAUGACACCUGCUCCGGACCGCAGCUCUUAUACUAUUACGAUCUAUGGUGGCUGGAAUUUGUUCCGUGGAAAGUCUUACGAAGACAUAUAUGUCCUUAGCAUCCCGUCCUUUACAUGGAUCAAGAUAGACGAUACCAGCAAUGUUGAAAGAGAGUCCCUUGGUGGCCUUGGUCGGCGAAACCACCGCGGACUGAAAUGGAAAGAGGACAGUGGCUUUGUUAUAGGCGGCUUCAUCAAGAAUGAUACUGCCGACGUGAACGCGGAUGAAUGUAACUCGGUCUUCUCACCAAUCAGGCUUUUAAACCUCACAAGCUAUAACUGGAUAUCUCAAUACGAUCCAAACAACAACAGCCCAUAUCGAGUUAACUCACAGAUAUACAACGUGAUAGGUGGAGGUUCGCUGACAAUAAACCCUAGACCUUCCGGCAGCGCUACAGCGACUGCGCCCAGUGGCGGAUGGGGUUCUAAAGCUCUGGAAACUGUUUUCAGCAAACGAUACGAUGUUCCCUCUGCGCCAAGUAACCUCUUUGCCCAGGCUGUCAUCACAGGCAGCAGCGGCCCGGUAAACAGCAGUGUUACCGAAGUUCCGUCACAAUCUUCCAGCUCAAUUACCGGUGGCGUUAUUGCCGGCGCGGUAGUUGGAGCCGUUAUUGGGACGGCCUUAAUGACCGGAAUGGUGACAUUUUUCUACCUGCGCAAGUACAAGCUUCAAAAGCGACACCCGCUUCCGUCUGAGGGGCCAGUAAGUGGCGCGGAGGGUAACGAGUGGAUAGAUGGUGAUGUUAUGAACUCAGCCGUGAGCGAUGGAGGUCGGUACCAGCUUGUGGAAGAGCUGGAAAGCUCACAUGGUGCAUCAAGAUACGAGCUCGAUGCUGGUAGUACAAAGCCUGCUGAGCUUCAGGACACAGCGAGGAGGGAGUUAGGUGAUUUUCGAUUGUUCAGGAGGUAGAAUCUAGG